GAUGCGCAACGGGAAGCGGGCGACCGUGAUGGACCGGGACGUGGGGAUGCGGAGCGAGAUCGAUUGCUUGCGGGCCUUCGAAAACGACCCCGCCUACUUCAGGCGCAUGACGAGCGUCUGGAACGAGUUCUACCACGGGCCCGCGGACGGCAGCAGGGACAUGCUGAGCCGGCACCACGGCGUCCACAUCGCGAGGGACUCCGGCGUGUCGGACAUCCCAGAGCUGGACUACGCCUUCAUGUAGCCAGUUGCGCUGCCGCGCACACCCGCCACAGCGCUUGAG